UGUUGCACGCCGAGCAGAAAGGAUGGCAGGACCCACAAGGGCAGGCGACCCUUGCACGGGCGGGGGACAGAGCAGAGAAGGCUGGAGAGGGAGGCCGGCGGGCCCCCGAGGAGGGCAGAGGGCCCGAGGGCCGCGGCUGGGCCCUGGAUUCCUCCCUGCGGGGGAGAGCCACGGUCCUCUGGGGCUGAGAGCUGUUCUGUCCUUAGAUCCGGGUAAAGGAUUGACUGCUGGGACAAUGUAGGGAAGGAGGCCCUGUUCCCCUCUAGCCAGAGAGGGUUUGCUAAAUCACACCGUAAUUCUCCUUAUUUGGAGACCUCCAGCGGCUUCCUGAGGGUCGCUUUAGGAUUGUGUUCCAACUGCUGUAGCUUAGAGGGCCUCUCUAAGGGGGCCUCUCUGUCCUCUCUGUCCCUUUGCAUCCUCUUUCUAGACUCUCACCUUCUCAAUUCUGGUAGUCCAACUGAACGUUUCAAGCCCUUUGCAAAUGCUUUUUCUCCCACCAGGAACAUUGUUUUCCCCUUUUCGCCACGUCUAGCUGGUUUUGAUGAGAGGGGGGAAAGAGGAGAGAGGGUUAUUCCAGGAAAAGAAUGCACAGAUUCUGGUAUCUGAUUGGCUACGAGACAAGAGGGACCAGAAGGUGAUGCUAAGGUUUCAAACUGGAGCAACCAGAAGGAUGGUCAUUCUGUUUGUUCGGCUGAGCUUACCGGUUAUGUAGUAAGGACUAGAGGUUGGUAGGGAGGGGACGUGGAUGAUUAAGUUGUAUUUUGACUACACUGUAAGUGAGAUGUUUGGGAGAUGUAUACAGAAGGCAGUUGGAAAUGAGCAUUUUGGGGUGUUGGGGGAAAACGUGAAUCCUUGAUGAUUUGGGGCUCAUUUCUACAGUGUGUUUAUAUGCCCAGGGCAUUUGUAGCUUUCGUUCAAGGGAAGGAGCGAGAUCACAGAGGGAGGAUGUGAACUCCCCCUAGGUGAUCUGGAAAGGAAGCCGCUUGAGAGCUGGCCCCGUAUUAGACCUGUCUACUGUUUGGUCUCCAGUGCCUGGCCAGAGUCUAGCAGAUGUCACUUGUCAGAGUGAACCGUUAUGGUCCCCGGGGAGGAGGAAGGAAAGUGCUGAAAGUAAGGAAGAAGAAAACGUCACUGAAGCAAGAAUGGGAUAAUACUGUGAAUGAUCUAACAGUUCAUCGGGCAACUCCUGAAGAUCUGAUACGUCGUCAUGAAAUACACAAAUCAAAGAACAGAGCAUUAGUACACUGGGAACUCCAAGAAAAAGCUUUGAGGAGAAAAUGGAAGAAGCAGAAACCAGAAGUUUCUAAUCUUGAGAGAAGGAGAUUGUCAAUCAUGAAGGAGAUUCUUUCUGAUCAAUACCAGAUGCAGGAUGUUUUGGAAAAAUCUGAUCAUUUGAUUGCUGAAGCAAAAGAUCUGUUUGUUGAUUUUCCCCGUAGGCGCACAGGGUUUCCAAAUGUAACUAUUGCUCCUGAUUCCUCUCAGGGUCCCAUUGUGGUAAAUCAAGACCCUGUCACACAGGCCAUUCUUAGUGAAUCUGUCAUGGAGCCUCAGGCUCUUAAUGAAGUAGAUGAUGAUGAAGGAGGAACUGUUAAUAGCCAGUCAGAAGAAAGUGAGAAUGAAGCAGAUAACUCUCUAAACUCUCAGUCAAAUAUGAAUGUAGACAGGCUUCUCCACCAACUAAAGGAAGAUAAUUCUGAGUUAAUUAAUAAGCUGUGGACUGAUAUUCAGCAGAAAAUAGCAGCACAGUCACAAACCCCUUCAGGAACUCCAUCACCUGCCCCUCCAUCAGGAGAACAAAAAGCUGCUCUGAAUGCUACUGGUGCUGUCAAGAGAAUCCAUACCAGGGUUCAAUCUGAAGAAUCUACUGCGGCUCUAGACUCAAGCUAUGUUGUCGGACAAGUGCUGAACUCAAGGAAGCAAAAACAGUUGUUAAAUAAAGUGAAAAGAAAACCGGAUUCACAUUCUUCUUCCAAGCAAAAGAAGAACACAUUAACAGCUAGCACAGCCUCCACCGACUUACCAAAUAGCAAUAAUUCCAACCUGGAUGUCCUCAAACACAUGAUAAAUGAGGUGGAACAUGAAAUGGAAGAAUAUGAACGGUGGACAGGACGUGAGGUCAGGGGACUGCAGAGUAGUCAGGGUCUUACAGGCUUCACUUUGUCACUGGUGGGCUCCCUGUGUCGCCUGGUUCGGUACCUUAAAGAGAGUGAGCUCCAGCUGCGUAAAGAAGUAGAGACAAGGCACCAACUGGAACAAAUGUUAGGUGAUCAUCGAGAGCUUAUUGAUGCUCUUACAGCUGAAAUUCUUCUUCUUAGAGAAGAAAAUACUGCUACCCAGGCAAGACUUCAGCAGUACAUGGUCACAACAGAUGAGCAGCUUAUAUCACUCACACAUGCCAUGAAGAACUGUCCUGUGAUAAAAAGCAACAAAGAAAGUCAGACAUCAGAAAGGGGAUCCACAAGUAGGAAAAUUAUAGAUAAUCUAGAGGGUCCCAUUGUAAAUGCUAAUGUCUCCGUGCCAUUGGUGUUCAGAGGGGAAGAAGUGGCAGAAUUUGCACAGGAAGACUUGCCAGUUAAACUGUCUCAGGUGCCAGCUCCCCCGGACAACGUGACUCUGACUAACAGUUUUCCAGUACAUGUAUUUGAGCCCGCUGUGCUGUUAACACCACCCAGGCAGAAGAGCAGCUCCGGAUUCUCCCCCUUGCAGGACGUAUUGAGGAGAACUGUUCAAACUCGUCCUGCCCCACGAAUUCCUCCAACUGUGGAAAUAAUUGAGAAAGAACAAAAUUGGGAAAAGAACACCUUACCUACUGGCACAGACAAUCAGAAUUCAAAUGAAGAGAAUCACCUCUUCACUCAGAGGUGGAGGGUGUCUCACAUGGGGGAAGAUGUGGAGAACAAAGCCCAGACUCCUUUUGUUAACCUUUCACAGCCCUUCUGCAGUUCCCAUUCAAACACUCAGCAGGCCAGAGUCCCCGAGUUCUCAGAAGAGCCUCCAGUACUAGGAGACGGGCAGCAGCUUAAAACAAAUGAGGCACUAAUACAAAGAAAAGACAUAUUGACACGAAUUGCUGAGUUGACACUGCAGAAUUCAGCUAUCAAGGCACAUCUGAAUAAUAUUAUUGAACCAGGAGGAGAGCAAGGGGAUGGACUUCGGGAACUAAACAAACAAGAGACAAGUCAUGUGAGCAACAUGACUACAACUUUUCCAGCAGCACAACCUCUAAUACCAAGUAGCAUGGAGGAACGGAUUGCAGAAUUGAAUCGACAGAGUAUGGAGGCUCGUGGAAAACUCUUGCAGUUAAUAGAGCAGCAGAAACUUAUUGGUUUGAAUCUUUCCUCUCCAACAGUAUCACCCAUUCCGUCACCUCUCAGAGCAUGGACUGAAGGAGGAAAGAAGACAAUUGAGGUAUCUAUUCCAGGAGCAGAAGUCCCAGAAAGCUCAAAAUGCAGUACUAUCUCUCCUACCAGUGGGAUAAAUACAAGAAGAUCAUCAGGGGCUACUAGUAAUUCUUGUUCUCCAUUAAACGCCACCACAGGAAGUGGGCGAUUCACACCUGUUAAUCCAAGAGCAAAGAUUGAGAAACAGAACGAAGAAGGCUGGUUUGCUCUUUCUACCCAUGUGUCAUAAGUAAAGAUAGUUGUACAGAUUUUAUUUUCAGUAGUAUAUUCUUGAGCUUCCACUCCCUUUUCCUGGUUCCUGCUUUCAAGUUUUCAUGUCCUUUUAGAUAAAACCUGCAAAGUUCU